GCUGAAGUAUUAAAAGGUAAACCUUAUACUCAAGCAGCAGAUAUAUACAGUCUUGGCAUGAUCAUGUAUUUUAUAGCAACUGGAAAACAACCUUUUUCCAAUUGUGCACAUGAUGAGUUUUUAGUAUUAAAUAUAUGUAAUGGAAUUAGACCUGAAAUAAACGAGUCAGAAAUACCAAAAUGUUAUGGUGAAUUAAUGAAAAAGUGUUGGGAUUCAAAUCCAAAUAAUAGACCAAGUGCUAUUGACUUAAAAAAAUCGAUUGAACUAUUUCAUUAUGCUGAUGAUGAGGAAAUUAAAAAGCAAUUUGAAAAAGCAGAAGAAUAUAGAAAAGCAAAUCUUUUAUCUAUUGAAAGUAAUCAAUCAACUACUCAUCCAGAAGCUUAUUACACAUCUCGAUUACUUAAUACAUUUACAAAAAAUCUUUAUUCAAUGGAAGUUAUUGACUUCACAAA